AUGUUUUAUACGCUAUUAACUAUUCUUUAUGAUGGUCUAAAAGAAAGCACUCAAAAUCCAAUAGACAAUGACGAUUUACUAGAAGAAAUGACUUGAGAACAAUACGCCAUGAAUAGCUUUGUGGCAGUUUUAUGUGUGCUGACCGGAGGUCUGGUCUCCGGUCUCACAGUUGGUGUUAUGGGAAUUGAUGAAAUUGACCUUCUUCUGAAAUUAGAAGUUGGAAAAGAAGACGAAAAACAACAAGCGAGGCAAUUAAUUCCUUUAAUUAAUCAGCAUCAUUUAGUGCUCGUAACUCUUUUGCUUGCAAAUGCUAUUGCAAUGGAAGCUUUACCAUUAGUUUUAGAUGAAAUGUUUGACAAAAUUAUUUCUGUGCUUUUAUCAAUUGUUUUUUGUGUGAUUUUUGGAGAGAUUAUUCCUCAAGCUUUUUGCACUGGGCCUGACCAAAUUAAAAUAGCAUGCAGGAUGGUGCCAGUGAUAAAAAUACUGAUAAUUUUAUUAUUCCCACUUGGGUAUCCAAUAUCAAAAUUUUUAGAUUUAAUCUUUGGAAAUGAUCAUUCAGCACACAAAUUAAACAAUGAAGACAUCAAAACUCUGAUUGCAUUGCAUCAGUCUGAGCCUGAAUCCCCAGCAAAAGAAGGCCAUGGGCUUGCUCCAAGUCAAAUCCGUAUGAUACAUGGUGCUAUCGAUUUAUAUAAAAAAAUCGUAAAAGAUUACAUGAUUCCUCUCGAAAAAGCUUAUUGCGUGAGCAAUGACUUAAUGCUGUCUAGGAAAGCUGUAUAGUCCAGGCCUACUUUUGGCUCCGGCUAUAACGAUGUUUCCUGACGUCGGAAGGGGAAUUGGAUUUACCAACAUUUGUUGGUAAAACCAACUCCCCAGAUGGUAAAUCCACUAUAUAUAUCCAAGAUUUGCCAUCAGGGGAGUUGGUGUUUUUAUAAUAAAUGCUUGUAAAUCCAACUUCACUUUCGAAAUCGGGAAACUUCGGUAUAGCCCGAGCCAAAAGGAGGCUCAUGCUAUAAAAGGAAUUAUGAAACAAGGGUAUUCAAGAAUCCCAAUUUUUAAAGCAGAAAAUAAUCACGAAAUCAUAGGGAUUUUAUUGACCAAAAAGUUAUUAUGCGCAGAUAAUCAAAAAACCAUUGCAGAUGAGCCAUAUCUAAUGAAACAGCCUAUAAAAGUAAGAAUUAACGAUACAAUGAUGGAUUUAUUAGGACUAUUUUUAGCGGGGAAAAGUCAUAUGGCUAUUGUUAUGGAUGGUGUGGUCCCUGCAGGGCUAAUUACUCUUGAAGAUGUAAUGGAAGCAAUAUUAAAAGAAGAAAUUUUAGAUGAAGAAGACCAUGAUGAAAUCAUUAAAGUUGUUGCUGAAGCAUUUGUGAAAUCUAGGGAAAAGAGAGGAAACUUGUUACAAAAAGUAGUGAAAGGAAGGAGAAGGAGCUUUUCAAAGGUUCAUUUAAGAAUAAAAAGCUUAUAA